UGUUAACAAAUAAGUUGGUUAAAUAAAAAAAAAAAACUCAAUUAGUGAUUUCGUACAGCAUUAUACGAAUCUUUAGCUUACAUUUCGUGUAAAAUACCACGAAAUGUAAGUUACGAUUUCGUGUUCUUUGUCACGAAACUAAAGAACGUUUGAAAACCCCCAAUUUCGUCCUCCUUGUUCUAUACUGAAUAAACGCAUAUACUUCGUGUAUUUGUACACACAGUUGAUCAAUUCAUUUUGUGCUAUAACCCAUGAAAUAGGGGCGGAUUUUGGUUUUCUUUGGGUAAAGUUACAAACGAAAUAAAUCGCACUGCAAGCAAGUAAAAAACCUUCCAUGAAUAGCAUUUCACUUUGCUUAAACUCACUUGGUUCCAACUUUUCCUUUUAGACGACGUCGUACUACGCCCUUCCAAUUAGUUUCGUGACAUAUAUAAAUUUACUCAAAAGCUUUUAAUUUGCAAGCAGAAUAAUGGCGGCAAGAGCAACGGCGGUGGAGGCGGAGGAAGAGGAUGCGGAAAACACGGCGGCGGAGUUGGGCUCGUACAAAGGCGAAGUUGUAUUAGUGACCGAUUGUGAAGAGGAGAUUAUGCUGCUUUGGGCAAUCCAACAGCCAAUUUUCUCCAAGCACAAUGCUUACGUCAGCCAAUCAUCUCUCCAGCUCAAAAUUGAUGCUUGCGGCCGCUCUCUCUCCAUUCUACAGUCCCCUUCUUCUCUGGCCACUCCUGGAGUAACAGGGUCCGUUAUGUGGGACAGCGGCAUUGUUCUAGGCAAGUGUUUGGAAUAUUCUGUGGAAUCUGGAAAGAUUCUCCUCCAAGGGAAGAAAGUUGUCGAGCUGGGAUCUGGCUGCGGAUUUGUCGGCUGCAUUGCGGCUUUAUUGGGAGCUCAAGUAAUUCUGACCGACCUGCCCGAUAGAUUAAAGCUAUUAAGAAAGAACCUCGAAAGCAAUCUAUAUGGACAUGUGCGUGGAUCUGCAACCGUGAGUGAACUAACAUGGGGAGAUGGUCUACACACAGAUUUCACCGACCCUUUACCUGAUUUUGUGGUUGGCUCGGAUGUAGUAUAUAGUGAAGGAGCUGUAACGGAUUUGAUUGAAACACUUGUAGAACUCUGCGGGAAACAAACUACUGUAAUCUUGGCUGGAGAACUUCGUAAUGAUGCUAUCCUCGAAUACUUUCUCGAAGCUGCAACGAAAGAGUUCGUUGUUGGGCGAAUUGAUCAAAAGCAGUGGCAUCCAGACUAUUGCAGUUCGCGUGUUGUUAUUUAUGUUUUGGUGAAGAAGUAGAAAGAUGGACUGAAUCGUAUUACGGGCAGCCUCGUAUUGUACUGGUAUGGUUUUAAUUUUUUUUUUGUAGGGACAGUCGAGUUGAAAGUUAAAAGUAGUUCCGUAUUCUCUAAUGCACUAAUUAUUUCAAGAACUUAACUUAGUCUGAUGGUAUGUAUGUAUUUUCAUACUUACUGCAAAGAAGCUCAAUCGAGUCUACGUUUGGAAAAAAUUUAGUUCCCUUUUC